AAAUAUACCGGACGACUGGAGCUACAAUGAUAUGUGGAGCACAUUUGGCAAGUAUGUGCGGAUAUUCUCCAUUUACAGUCCACAGAGAAGAAGUAAGAGUGGAAGCAGGUUUGGUUUUGUUAGAUUUUUGGAAGUGAGGAAUGCUAAGGAGCUAGAGAGUCAACUAGAUCAGAUUAGGAUUGAGGGGCGGAAGAUAUGGGUAAAUCUAGCCAAGUAUCUAGAGGAGAGAGGCGAGAAGGAAAAGGUUAGGAGGGGCAUCAACGAAAAUAAAGUUAUUCAUGGGAAAUCAUUUGCUGAUGUUCCAGAACAGAGACAGGAAUGGAAAAUGAAAAAUAGAGAAAAAGAGUGGUCGGGUAUGGAGUAUACAGUAAAAGAGGAGGAUUUUGAGUGGCUAAAGGGAUGUUACAUAGGCAUAGCUCGCUCAGUGGAGAUUGUCCCGAUUCUGCAGGAAAGAUUCUACAUGGAAGGGUAUUUUUCAUGUAGACUCAGAGCUAUGGGGGGAAAAAUGGUCCUUAUGGAUUGUGAGGACAAAAAAGAGCUUAAGGACUUAGUGCAACACGCCUCGGAUUGGCUUGGCCAGUGGUUCUCAGAAGUAACACCAUGGUCUCCUUCAAUGGUGGCAAAAGAAAGUACAAGCAAGAGAAGAAGAUUUGACAUUGCCAAGUUCCUCAUCUCAACAACAAUGAUGGAGUCAAUCUCAGUAAAAAGAAAGAUUAAAGUGAAUGGAGCCAUGUAUGAGCUAAAAUUCACAAAAGAAGAACUCACAAAAAGCCUUUUUUCUCUAAAAUAUGAUUUCAUGCCAAGUUUCAAUAGCGACCCAGAGUAUGAUGAAUCAUGGUCUGAUGACACUGAUUAUGAUGAUGGUUGUGACGAGAUAAGCAAAGAAGCAGAUAAAGAGACAACCGCCAGCGAAGAAGAGGUGGCCGGAGACAACAUAGAGUGCGAAGGAAGAGGAAGUAGGUUGGUUAUAGCUCCUACACCCGAGGCAAAAUUUGAAUUGGAUGGAACAGGUAAUGAUGAGACACAGCUCAACAAGGGUGACAGACUAUUCCAAAGCAAGGUGGGUGAGGAAGAGACGGUAGAAAUGGUAGCAGACAGCUUUGACAUGGAAAUAGAAGAAGAUGACGUCGAUGGAAGUGUGAAGGAGUGGAUGAGAGUGAUGCCAAAGCAAGGCAAGCUGAAAAGAAAGAAAAAAGUCAAAGCGUGUAGCGCGGUAUGCAAAAGAUCAGUUCUUCUUGGAGUCAUGAAUCAGAAGAAGAAAGACAAAGGUAGAUCUGGGUCGAGUCAAGCAGAGGAGGAGGAAACUUCACAUUGUCGUCCGAGCACGAGCAACUCAGUAGUAGGGGGUUUUGUGGGGAAUAGUGGCAUCCAAAACUGCAAUAGAAGGCUGAACAAGGUCCCCAACAAACGAAUCACAACUGAAUUGUGGAAUUUUGCAAAGAGGAUUAGGGCAGUGAUAGAGGAAGAGGAGCCGGUCAUCAGGAAGCUCGAAGAGAUGGAGAAAAGGGAUAGAGCAACAAAAGAGGUAGAAAACGCAAGAGGAGCAAGUGAAGUACAGAAGGAAACCAAGAAGUGUGGGUUAGAUAGGAAUUUUUGUAAAAGGUUAUGGCACUCAGAAGACUUUGAUUGGGUAGUGAAGGAUUCCAUAGGAAGGUCAGGAGGGUUGUUGUGUGUAUGGAAUUCUAAAGCCAUCAGUGUGAAGCACGUCUGGGAAGGAGAGAACUUUAUUAGUAUCCAAGGGGUGUGGACUGUAGAGAAUGUUGUGAUCAAUGUAGUCAAUGUUUAUUCCCCAUGCCAACUUGCUGGAAAAAGAAUCUUAUGGCUGGAGUUAAAGAAUUUAGUUCUGCAAACAGGAGGAAUGUGGUGUGUUGUGGGAGAUUUUAACGUAGUUCGGAAAGUUGAGGAGAAGAUAGGGAGUAGAAGAUUAACUACAGAGAUGGGAGAGUUUGACAACUUCAUUAUAGAAUCAGAACUGAUUGAUAUUUCGUUAAUGGGUAGAAAAUUCACAUGGUACCAAACAGGGGGCAGAUUCAUGAGUAGAAUUGAUAGAGUAUUGCUGUCAGAGGAAUGGUUAUCCAGGGAGCUAAUAAGAAAAGCCUGGGAACAAGCAAAUAUCCAAGGAUGGGCUGGGUUUCAACUUAAGGAAAAGCUGAAGAUCACCAAGGAAGCACUGAAGAAGUGGAGCAAAAGCUUUGUACCCGAAAUUGACAGCAGAAUAAAAGAGGCCACAGCACAGAUUGAGCAGUUAGAUCUAAAAGGGGAGUCGGAGCAGCUAUCAGAUGAGGAGAUUGAAAGAAGAAGACAGGCUUUGCUAGCUCUAUGGAACAAUAUAAGAUACAAGGAGAAUAUGCUACAACAAAAAUCUGGAAAAGCAUGGUUAUCAAAUGGGGAUGCGAACACAAAGUUUUUCCAUAGUUGUGUGAAGGGGAGGUGGAAAAGGAAUGAAAUGAAUAGCAUACAAAUAAAAGGAACUCAGUAUACAGAAGCUAGAAGAAUGAAAGAGGAGAUUGCUAGCUUUUUUCAGAACAUGUUUGCGGAAGAACAAUGGAAGAGGCCAACUUUAGAAGGAGUAAACUUCAAGAGAAUUUAUGCAGAAGAAAACAGCUCCCUCACUACACCCUUUACCGAAGAAGAGAUUAAGACUGCGAUAUGGGACUGUGAAAGCUCAAAGGCACCAGGGCCUGAUGGAUUCAACUUCAAAUUCAUCAAAAGUGAAUGGGAGACAAUCAAAAGGGAUGUCAUCGGGUUUCUAGAGGAAUUCCAGAGAAAUGGCAAAUUGGUGAAAGGUCUAAAUACCUCCUUCAUAGUGCUGGUGCCAAAAGUAGAAAACCCACAGAAAAUUGAAGAAUACAGACCUAUCUUGCUUAUUGGGGCGGUAUAUAAAAUUCUUGCCAAAACUCUGGCUAACCAUCUUAAGAAUGUGUUGGCAGGGGUAAUGGGUCAACAGCAAAUGGCAUUUAUAAGCGGAAGACAAUUGAUGGAUGGGGUCAUGAUAGCAAAUGAGAUUGUGGAUGAAACAAAAAAGAAGAAGAAGAAAGCCUUUAUGCUCAAGAUUGACUUUGAGAAAGCUUAUGACAAGGUUAGUUGGAGCUUCUUGGAUUUUAUGCAGCAGAAGAUGGGAUUUUCUACUAAGUGGAGGAAAUGGAUCAUGCAGUGUCUGAAAUCCAGCAUGGUGUCGGUAUUAGUCAAUGGCAGCCCUACAAGGCAAUUCAUGGUUUCGAGAGGCCUUUGGCAAGGGGAUCCACUGUCACCUUUCUUAUUUUUAAUUAUUAUAGAAGGGAUCAACGGGCUAGCUUCAAAAGCAAUACAAAAUGGGUUACUGAAAGGAAUGGAAGUAGGACAUGGAGGAUUCAAGGUCUCACACCUGCAAUAUGCAAAUGACACACUUCUGUUUGGUGAAGCCACCGAGGAGAAUGUCUGGGCCAUGAAGGGUAUUCUAAGAACAUUUGAGCUGGUGUCGAGGCUAAAGAUCAAUUUUAACAAAAGCCUACUCAUUGGCAUUGGGGUAGAGGAAGAGUGGCUUCACAAAAUGGCGUGGAUAAUGUGCUGUAAAAAAAGGAAUAUGCCCUUCAAAUACUUGGGGAUCCCUAUUAGGGGUAGCUGCAGAAAGAUUUCCUUUUGGAAGCCGCUAGUGGAGGUCUUCCACAAGAAAUUAACAACAUGGAAGGGUCGGUACUUAUCUCUUGGCGGUCGGAUCACUCUCAUUAAUUUAGUGCUAUCCAGUCUCCUCGUGUUUUGGAUGUCGAUGUACUUGAUCCCGAAAGGUACAAUUCUUUCUCUUGAUAAAAUUCGUAGAAGAUUUUUGUGGGGUGGGGUUGAGGGAGAUAAGAAAAUAAAUUGGGUCAAAUGGGAUACGGUAUGCAUGGAUAAAGAACUAGGGGGAUUAGGAGUGAAGGACUUAAGGAAAUUUAAUUUGGCGCUGCUAGGCAAAUGGUGGGGCAGAUUAGUGAAUAAGGAUGAUGGGCUAUGGAAAAAAGUGAUCUUAGAAAAAUACGGGAGAGAGGGAGAAUAUUGGCUACGAAUCAACUUGGUGGAGGGACAUAUGUAGAUUAAACAAUAUUGAGUGCA